CGACUCCACUGUGGUUUUGAAAUGGAGCCACGUUCCCCCAUCAAUUCGGAUCAUCAAAAAAUGACUCAUUUUCAAACUUGCCCAUAACAACACGAUCCAUUUAGAUUUAUAUAUAUAUAUAUACUAUACAGCACCAUCAUCACCCAAAUCUUAGCUUUGUUUUUAUUAUCUCUCUUACUCUGUUCGACUGUUACAGAGAAAUGGCCUUCGCUAGUGUCACAGCUCUUGUUGUUGUUGCGUUUCUUCUUGUCCAACAACCUCUUUCUGCAAAAAGUGACUUCCUUUCUCCUCUGCUUGCUCCCAUCUUUGAUGAUGUGUGCAAAAAAGUGGAAUGUGGAAAAGGAAGUUGCAAGGCUUCUCAGAACAGCACUUUCUUCUUUGAGUGUGAGUGUGAACCUGGUUGGAAGCAAGCACCUUCUUCCAAUGAUACGCUUGGCUUGAAGUUUCUUCCUUGCAUCGUUCCCAAUUGUACAUUGAACUACUCUUGCUCCAAAGCCCCUGCCCCUGCUCAAGAAAAAGCAAGAAAAGUCGAUGAAUCAGUAUUUGAUGCUUGUCAUUGGGUUGAUUGUGGAGGUGGUUCAUGCAACAAGACAUCCAUGUUGUCCUAUAGUUGUGAAUGUGAUGCUGGCUAUUACAAUCUCCUCAACGUCACUUCCUUCCCUUGCUACAGAGAAUGUGCUCUUGGCAUGGGUUGCUCUGACCUUGGACUAUCAAUGUCAAAUUCUUCCACUUCUGAACCACCAGCAUUGAAUGACAACAGUAAGAAUGGGGCUAGCUCGGCUCUACAAGGAAGUUCCCUUUGGUUGGUCAUGCUGAUUAUGUUCAUGGCAAAGAUCCUGUUGCAAUAGGACAGUUGCUGGAUGGACUUAGCAGUAUCUUAUUUUGUAGUCAUUACUCAUUAGAGCAUCUUUAAUGCUAGUAGCUUAGGAGUUUCUUACUACAGAAGAGAGAUUAUGGUUUGAUUUCUUGUGUAUUUUGCCUGGGUUUUUUCAUACUCCUUGUACAUUUAUCAACAUAUAUUGCUGAUUCAGGACCUUAUAAUUUUUUGUGCUACCCAAGUGUCAUUACUUUC